AUGAGCAAGAAAGAAACGAGCUACGACUGGCUGAUAAAGGUUCUGAUAAUUGGGGACUCGGGUGUGGGCAAGACCAACGUGCUGCUGCGGUUCUGCGAGAACACCUUCAACUCCAGCCAUCUGGCCACCAUCGGCAUUGACUUCAAAAUCAAGACCAUGGAGAUCGACGGGAAGAACAUCCGCAUGCAGAUCUGGGACACGGCGGGGCAGGAUCGGUUCAAGGCCAUCACCCAGACGUACUACAAGGGCGCGGUGGGCAUCGUGCUGGCCUACUCCGUUACGGACCGGGCUUCCUUUACCAACAUCGAGAACUGGAUGAAGCAGAUCAAGAACCAUGCCUCCGAAAACGUGGUCAAGUUCCUGAUCGGCAACAAGGCUGACUGCCAGGACAGAGUCGUUUCCGAGGCAGAGGGGCGCGAGCUGGCCGAGAAGUACGGGGUUGGCUUUAACUAGACUAGCGCCAAGGGGAUUAAUGUAGAGGAAACCUUCGAGACCAUCACCCGUCAGAUUAAGGACAAGUUACUCAACACGGGGGAGGGUCCUGGUUGA